AUGGCGUUGAGACAAUUUGAAGAGUGGCUGGAAAAGGGCAAGUCUUUGGCCAAUGACCUGGCACAACAGCAGAUCAAUUACACAUUCUACAGGACGGAUGAGACAGCAUUAUUCGAUGGCACCUUCAUCGCCAAGGACAGGGAGGUAGAGGUUUUUGUGGACCAUGUUCGGAGCCAGAUGCCUAGUACUUGUGAACGAGCACUCACAGAGCAGAGCAAUCUGGAGGAUCUCAAGAAAGAGCACAAUCUUGCAGAUAACACUGUGGAGCAAUGGGUGUUUGAGGUCAGACAAUGGGCAGAAACAGGUCUACGGUUAAAGCGACAAGUCUUUGACCAGGUGAUGCUUGUUUCCCGUUUGCAAGAGGAAAAAGACAUACUGCUGCACGAGAUGAUGCGUCACUGCACUUUCCUCCGACAGAAGGUUGGCCAAUUGAAUACUCGUAUUGUAAAAAAUACAGAGGACUUCAGCAACCAAGUCUGUCCUGAGGAACUAACCAAAGAGGGCUACCAAGGUCUUCACUGCUGCCUCCUUUAUCAGCAGCACCACCUUAAGCAACAUCUCCAAGAAGUCACUGGCACAUACAUGCGUGUGGCUACAAAGACAUUUGUAUGGUCACAAGAUGAGAUGCAAGAUGAGAGUGAUGCAGAAGAUUCAGACUCUAUAAUGUCUGGUAAUGACAGCGACACUCAAUAG